AUGCAGCGAACCGUUUUCUAUCAUUUUAUGUAACCAUAGAAGCUAAGUAAAGUAAUCGAGAAAACAAGAAAGAAAGCCCAAGAAACCCAAGUUUCUGGCACACCAAUAACCACAAAGAGACCAAGCAGUGUUAAGCCAUGGCAGAUGAGUACACAAGCACAAACUGGUGGGAUUCAUCUUCAAGCAGGAACAGGUUUGAUAGUACUGGAUCAACCUCUACAACUUCAGGACUUAAUAGUUUACGUAGCUUUGCUUGGCCGACAGAAAUUGCCGAUGUCAAAGGGAGGUCUUCAAUGGAAACUGUUUCGGUCUCAGAUAGUUCUGUUGCUUUCCAUGAUUCCCAGAAGCUGCAACAAGGCCAUGAUUCUUCAGCUGACUUGCAUAUGAUGGGUUUAGGCCUCUCUUCACAAGUCAUGGAUUGGAAUCAAGCCUUACUUCGCGGCGACAAGUCUGAGAACAGUUUUCGAUCGAUGCUACAAGAUAAUUUGAGUUCAAGCACCAAUUAUCAGCAAGAAACUGCAGGAAUUGGAUCUUCUCAAUCUCAGUGGAGGGAGAGAGUGUUCACUGGGGUCACUGGAGAUUCCUCUAUGAGUGAGUUUAAGCAAAUGAAUCGAGGCUUUCCUUUAGAUCAACCACAGUUUAGACCUCAUGGGAGCUCCAGUGAUAGUACCGUGUCAUGUCAAGGCUUGCAGUCUAGUUUCCCAAUGGAUUCAUCAGGUAUCUAUGGAAGCCCUUCAACUAUGUUACAAGGGCUAUUGAUAUCAGAAAAUCAAGCACGGCAGUCUUCUUUUGAGAACAGACCAAUGAGUUAUGCAUACGGGGCAAAUUAUGGUCUUAGCACUAAUGAAUUGUUGCCUUUUUGGCCUAAAGGACCUCAACUCUUGAGAAAUUCACCUCCCAAACAGGCUUCUAGUAACCAAUUGCACUUCUCCAAUAAUACUCCAUUUUGGAAUGCAUCUGCAAGUGCCAUGAAUGAUGUUCGUCCGAGCUAUUUCCCGUCGAUGCAACCGCAGUUUGCUACAUCGAAUUUCGAUGAAAAACCAAAGCAGAAUAUAUCUGAAGUACGGGAUUCGAAUAUAGCAGUAAAGAAAAGUGGGAGUGAAGCAGCAACAAAAAGGCCUAGAAAUGAAACACCAUCAUCUUUGCCAUCUUUUAAGGUAAGGAAAGAGAAGAUGGGGGACAGAAUCACUGCACUCCAACAAUUGGUUUCGCCUUUCGGAAAGACUGAUACAGCCUCGGUGCUCUCUGAAGCUAUUGAAUACAUCAAAUUCCUCCAUGAGCAAGUUACAGUCUUCAGCACCCCAUACAUGAAAAGUGGAACUCCCAUACUCCACCAACAGAGUUCUGACAAGUCCAAGGACCUCGAAGGACAAAAACAAGAUCUUAGAAGCCGAGGGCUAUGUUUAGUACCGGUAUCGAGCACUUUUCCGGUUACUCACGAGACCACAGUUGAUUUUUGGACCCCCACAUUUGGAGGGACUUUCAGAUAAAAGGAAAGGACGAUGGUAAAAAAUUCGGGCAUGGGAACAGAUUCUAUGCAACUAGUAUACAUGAUCUUAUCAAAACCCUUGCCAAGUUGGGAACGAUAAGAUCAAUGAGAGAAGAGGAAGAAGAAGAAGAAGAAAGAACAGAAAACAAACAAGCCCCACAUAACUCAGUCCAGGAUGCAAAAGAAUACAGCGUAUAGAAAUUGUGAAAAAGAAAGAAAAGGAAAUGACUGUCCAAGGGUACAUGCCAAUGUUGGGCCAGCUACAGGCAACAUGAUGCAGUUGGCCAAUAUUGGGACCAUUUGGAAGCAUAUUAAUUGUUGUAAUAAUUGAGAAUUAUAUAAUUAUAAACAUGGGUUAGGAAUGAGUAUAGGUGCAGAUUUUAGGGAAAGUGUAACAGAUUAAUUAGUUUAGAUAACAUUAAUUUGUUAUAAAGUAUACUAGAGUUUAGUAGAAGAGCUCGCUUGGGGAGAUCAUAUAAAGCCACUUUUCUUUUCUUUUCUA